AUGGCAGCCCAAGAGCCACCUUCAAAGCAAAGAAAACCAGCAUCAAACUUAGCCCUAACUUCCUCCUGCCUCUGCUUAGAUAUGCUGCCACUCCAAUUGCUAUGUAGCCAUGGUUCUUAUCCAAGAUUGAGAUAACAAUUCCCAUGUUCCAAAUAGCGCUCCACUCUAUGAAUUUUGUCAACAGAAAUACAAAGAUUGUCCCAAAGAUAAAUGAGCUUUUUGGCAUCAAAAACAUGUUUGUUGACAAAGCGAUUAAACCCAAUAGAGUUAGUGAAGCAAGUAUAAGAGCAUACAGAGAUGUUGCCAAUGAGCCUCUCAGUCUUACAGCCACUCGCUUUCUGACUUCAACUAGCAUCUGUUUGAAACCCAUUUGGGAGUUUCCUCCAUAUAUUGCUGCUGAUAUAGAUACUGUUGAGAUUGUGGAGAGAAGGUCUAGGAAGAAGAUGAGUGCUGAAGAGAUGAGAGUUGAUAUCAGAAACUUGUGGGAGAGAGUUGCUUUGAAGUUGUUGUCAUCAGAGGAGCGCUGCGAGAUGCAGGCUGUGCUGCCAUCUAAUCGACACCUGAUGAUGUACCUUGGAGAUGGAUCAGAUGGAUUUUCUUCUGAGAGAAGUUUGAGGAGUUGAAUGAAGGUUGGGUGAAGGAGAAUGUGGUGGGCGAGGAGGGAGGCGAAGAGGGGGAAGGAGGAGAUGAGGACGAGGGAGAUGAAGUUUGGAUGAUUAAAGAGGAUUUUGAAGGCUUCUCUGAAUGAAGCAGAGAAGCCCAGUUUGGAUUUCGCCAGAAUUUGGUGGUUUUCCAUUUUGAAUCUUGAAUUCUCUCAAGUGUUCAUCGUUGAAAGAACAUAGCCCCCAAUGGUCUUCAUCUUGUUGUCAUUUCCCAAUGUGUUGGUGACUGGUGUGAAGCCUACAUGUGCAAGCUCACAUGCGAAAGUCAACUGCAUUGAUUUCUUUUGGGUCCUCAAAAUCUCAUUUGAUUUACUUUAGGUCCUGAAAAUUUGACUGAAAUCUGGUUGAUUUGUUUCGAUUCAAUUUCCUAAAAUGUUUCUAAACAAAUUUGUCAUAAUUGAAAAUCUAUGAUCAUAAGAUCUUGUAAUAUCCCACGUCCAU